AUGACAUGUCUCCAACAAAUUUUUAUGAAAAACGUCAUAUUAUAUUUUGACACUCUAGAAGAUGUUACAAACUUUAUGUUAAUUAAUAAAUCCUGUUAUGAAGCAGUGCAGACAAUGUAUAUUAACACAUACAAAUUAAGUCAGACAGUUGCCAUUGAAGAUAUCAUUUAUUUCUUCCCAAAUCUGCAGACUUUAUAUUUCAACGCCCUUUCUUAUUGUCCAAGAAAAUUUUCAAGUGAUGACAUCCCUCUAAUAGAAGUCAACAAUUCUCUUGUAACGUCACGCAAAGAUCCAUCAUCGAAAAUGGAAAAUACACUCAAGACCAAAUGGUUUCCUCCAAAGGUCAGAAAAAUUCGAUUAUCUUCCAAUGAAGUUUUAGCCGUUGGAAAAUAUGGGGAGUUGUAUGAAAAUUUGAAAGACGCAUUUUUAGAUUUUUCUAAAACGUUUUAUGUUGGGUUUGAAUCAUGUUUAAAAGGUAUGGAAGAUGACAAAGAAAGUCUGAAAUUGAAAAAAUUUUUCGACAUCAAGUCUCUUCAAAAAGUGACUGCUUUGAUUUCAAUUGAAGAAUUGAACGAUUUGCUCUCAAUCGAUUUUUCAAGUAAAAAAGAUGUGAAAUUUGUGAUAGUUAUUUUCUUUUACAUAAACGUUACUAGAAAUGAUACCAACCCACUUGAUAUACUCAAAACGAUAACACAUAUCGACAACGUAGAUUUCUAUGUGCAAUUUCUUGCCAAAGAAACGAUAGGAAUGAAGUACAUUCCAGACUUCUGCACAACAGAGGAACAAUUUAAUGAUUUUGGACGACUUGUGAAGGUAAUGCCCAAUAUGAAUGGUCACGAGGAAAUUAUUGAAAAUGCGGUUAAAAACUCUUUUUGUAGUGGAAUUAAAGUGUUUCAACCACCCAAACGUCAGAUUUGGGAUGGCAAUGGGUAUCAAGACGAUCCAAAUAAAUAUUAUGUGGAUGUUAAUUUAAAUUUUUUAGAUUCAGAAAAUAUUCGGGUGGUCUCUUUGAAGAAUGUGAAUGUCACAGAAUUGGCUCUUCCACUCAAAUUGGAAAAAUUGAAAGUCGACGAAGUGACUGGAAACCUGAAAAUUGACAAAUUGAAACUGACAAAAAUUUACGUCUUGAAUUACAAAGGAAGUUCUCUGCUUGUUAAUGAUGAAAACUUGACUGAAUUUGAGUGUUUUAACUCGUUGAAUUGUGUUAAAUUUGUGCGAGAUGACAAACCGACGAACACAUUUAUUGUCGACUUCAAGAAAUACACUAUCUUUGAUGUGUAUCAAGACACACAAGAAGUGACAUUUGAUGUUGAAAAACUUGGAAAACACAGAUGUAAAUUUAAAGCAAAAAGAGUUGAGUUUUCGGCUGGUAACAUCGAGAUUAGUAGUCCAUGUGAUUUUGACUUGUCAAGUGAAGAUUUUGACGAAGUCAUGGUAAGUCAAAUUUAUAAAAGAAAGGACAAAAUUACUGCUAAGUUUGGGGAUGUAAAAAAUAUCAAGUUUAAAUGUGGUUGUUAUGAAGAAAUUACAAUGGGUAACGCAGAAAACAUCGAAUUUGAUUGUGUAGAAGUAAAGAAUUUAUUUAUAAACUCUGCAAAGCUUUUAAAACACCAAAAAUCGAGUUUUGAAAGUAUAACAGCGAACACCAAAAUCGAGACAAUCAAAGGGACAAAAAGAAAUAUAGCAAAAUUAAUCAAUGGACCUCAAUAA